ACUAAGGAGCGGCUCGUGUGAAGAGAGUGAGACGGGCUGCUGGUGUAGAGUUUGUUUCUUGCAUACAGCACUAUCAGCAAAAUGACAACUCUACAGAAUACAGAAAACACUUCAGCUGAAUAUGCCACGUCACCUGUUCGUGGGCCUGGCGAUGGCAUGGAAAUGGAGCAGACGCCAAAAUCUGUUGAAGUAGUCCACACCACAACUAGCCAUGCCCAUCGAAGCCCACACAAGAAAGCACUUCCUUCCCUAAGUCCCGGAGUUCUUCAGCUUGGGAAGAUAUAUGGCGAUAAGGCAGUGGAGAUUGAAGCUGUACGAAUAGUGGUUCCCAAAGCUGCGAUAAACCACGUAAUUCCCACCAAAAAUGCAAAGGCUUUGAAGUCUGUAGGGCACCAAAGAGAGACCUUCACUCUAUCAGAGGGCAUUUCAGAUAAUAAGAAAGAAUUGUUGGAGCUACAAAAUGAAAUAGGAAAGCUGAAGAAUUCAGAAAGAAGACUGCUACAAGAUAAAGAAGGCCUUUCCAAUCAACUCCAUGUACAAACAGAGGUCAAUCGGGAGUUGAAGAAGUUACUUGUUGCUUCUGUUGGGGAUGACUUGCAAUAUCACUUUGAACGCAUGGCACGUGAAAAAAACCAGCUGAUCCUUGAAAACGAAGCCCUGGGGCGUAAUGUGUCUCAGCUAUCUGAACAGUUAGAGCGGAUGUCUAUACAAUGUGAUGUUUGGCGGAGCAAAUUCCUAGCAAGCAGAGUCCAGACUGAUGAGUUGACUAACUCCCGAGCAAUUCUCCAGCGUCAAACCAGAGAUGCACAAAGUGCAAUUCAGGAUCUGUUAAGUGAACGUGACCAGUUUCGCCAAGAAAUGAUUGCAGCACAAAAGUUGCUGGAGGAGCUGCUGGUUUCUCUGCAAUGGGGAAGGCAGCAAACCUACUAUCCUAGUGCACAACCUCAUAGUACAGCAGAACUAGCAGCUGUAAAUCAUAAACUUGCUAGAGCAGUGACCUCACACCUUCUUGGAAACAGUGGUAGCACUAAGAGUCCAAAAAAGGGCUCUUCAACCUCAGAACUCUGCAACACUCCUGCUGAGAAAAUGGCUGAAAUGGUAUUAAGAAUGCUGGAUCCUGGCACCUGUACAGAAGCAGCACCAGAACUUCCUUUUCCUCAGCCUUCAGCGUCCUCUUUCCUUUCCCCAAAGAAGAAUAUUGGACGGUUCCACCCAUACACUAGAUAUGAGAAUAUAACUUUCAACUGCUGCAAUCACUGCCAGGGAGAACUGAUAGCUCUUUAAAAAUAAUUAUCAACCUAACAGCCAAGGUUGCAGUUUUUGAAUAUGCUUACUUUCUCAGUGAUCUAUAUUCACUUUUCUAUGCUUUUUUUCCAAAUGGGAUGGGCUUGUUGUAUUAGAAAAAUACUUCUCAUACAGAUUUGACCUUUUAAGAGUUCUCCUGUCAAAGUCUGGUUUUUAGCAGGCUGGGAACACAAUGCAAUAAGAGCAACUUGUGUUGCUCUCCAAGGCAAAUACAAAAAUAUAAGACUGCACUGUAUAGUAUACAUACACCUUUAAUUAAAUUCCCACACUAUUUUUUCUUCAAGAGAAGGCUUGAAUAGAAACCAUGUGAGCAUUAGACCUUUGGAUUUUACUUCCUUUAAGAGAUUCAGAUACCUAGUUCUGUCAACUGAAGUAUUUAUUUUAAUUUAGAAUGAUGGUGAGUGUAGUGCUUAAGUAUUUUUUACAAACUGUUUCCAGUAUUCUUCUAGCCAUUGUUACAGGGGCAGAUGCAAAUAUAUGCUUUGAGGAAAGCUUACAUACCUAUUCAGAUAAUCAUUUCUUAAAGAGCUUGAAUUAAUUUGGGGAUUGUCUAAGGUUAAAUGAAUUCCAGAGUGCAUUAGGUGUAAACAGUUCACAUAAAAUUGAAGCCAAAGAGUAGUGACAAGUUUGCAAAGCGCAGACUAUUUCAGAGGUAAUUCUCAGCCCUUGAACCUCUACAAGACAGGCCUUAACAAGUGUGUCUGGUGAACCUUGUAUUUGAACAUUUUACUGGUGCUAUUAAAUAUGGCUGGAUUUAUGUUCUAUCCGUACCUCUAGAGAAUGAGACUUGUAGGUUUCUUUUCUCAUCUUUCAAUUUGGAAAUAAGUAGUCUGCUGCCAGAUUAGAAGGAAAAAAAUAUUCCUAUGUAAGUCUGGGACAAUCACUGAAAUAUCUCAGCAGAUGUAAUAUGUGUGUGCACACAUGUACAGUCUGUUUUAUUUAAUGGAGUGUAUGGGUUGAGGUGUGCUACAAUUUAGGCAUAAUCUGCUCUACUCAUUGCGAAUUUUACAAUAAAUGUUCAUUGGCUACCUAUUGCA